CUUUCUCCUUCUAGUUCAGUCCUUUGGCUAAUGUGAAAGACCACGCAGAAGCUUUGGAGUUGCUUUUUGUGCUUGAAAAAAGUGCAUAGAUAGAAGACAGGGAUUCCUGGCUGGGAGGAGGGAGGAGAGCUGAAGAUCUCUGCCUGGGCUGGCUGAGCUAAGCAGUCAAAGUGGGAAGCUGAGUGCUUGAAAGAGGAUUAUGCUCGCACUAGAAAUAAGCAGUAAGUGAGCGAAUAACCAUUAUGGUUUAGAAAAGGAUUAAUCCCCCUGGGGUUAUGGGGUGAAGUAGAAAAUAUUGCUUAACUCUAGAGUAAAACUGUAAGGCUUCUGACUCUGUAUACAGUUGUGUGCUGUUUGGAGAGUAGGGGCUUAAAUGCAAAAUCAGAGCUCUAAAUGCCUCCUCCCACUCUUGGAAAAUGCCAGCUUCUACUUAGAAUAGUUGUGGAUAUAAUCUCCUUCCCUGACCUAGCCUCUUUCCAGGAAAAUAUAUUCCUAAAUCAGUAAGGAAGUUGGGAUUAAAUUGGAAAGGUGGAAUUUGGUAGUGGUAGAAUUGCAAUCUUGAAUUAUGUUUGGUGAAUGCUGACAUUGUUAUAUCAGUGAGCAGUGAUUUGUUAAUCACAAGGAAGUCUGAGAUUGGGGCAUUAAAAAGGGAAAAUUGAGAGCUUUUAUGACAAGGAGGCUGAAUAGUCUAUAUGCGUACGAUGAAAUAUAAAAAUGUAUAUAAGUAAUAAUAGAUGGGGUGUUUUAAGGAGCAUUAAAAGUAGAACAGCAGUCAGGAAACCUAGAAGUGCUCGGAUAAAAUUUAGUUAGAAAAGAAGAGAUUUUAGUUUCAAUGACUUUUUGUGCUAGCCAAAAAUUUCACAAUGUUUACAAAGUCAAGACAAUGAUUCAGGGAUACUUUGAUUAUUGUCAUACAUUAUAAAUACUGUUGCUGGGCAAGAUCUGUGGUUCUUUGGUCAGCAAGUUCUGGCAAUGACACCACUGCCGCUGGUGCAAAGAAUUCUGGGAUGCCUGACAGUGAAAUGGAUGGAAGGACCCACAUUCCAACUCUACUUAAUGUCCUUUUGUCCAGAAAUCGGGUCAUGCAAAUGAGCUACUUGAAAAGUAAAGAAAAAGGAUAUGGAAAACUAAGCAGUGAUGAAGACCUCGAAAUAAUUGUUGAUCAAAAGCAGGUAGUAGGUGUAACCUUGAAGAAAAAGUGGCACUGUCUUCAAAAAAGUGACCUGACCCUGGCUUUGGGAAAAGGCUCUAGGGCGGCAGAUAAGGCUGUUGCCAUGGUGAUGAAGGAGAUACCGAGGGAGGAGUCUGCUGAAGAAAAGCCCCUCCUUACUAUGACAUCACAGCUGGUGAAUGAACAGCAAGAAAGCAGACCCCUCUUGAGUCCCUCCAUCGAUGACUUUCUUUGCGAAACCAAAUCGGAGGCAAUAGCAAGGCCAGUAACGUCCAACACAGCCGUAUUGACCACAGGCUUAGAUCUCCUUGACCUGAGUGAACCCGUCUCUCAAACCCAAACCAAAGCCAAGAAGUUGGAGGCCUCAUCGAAAACCUCAUCCCUCAAGAAAAAGGCUGAUGGAUCUGAACUCAUCAGUGCGGAUGCUGAGCAGAGAGGCCAGCCUCUCCGAGGCCCAGAGACUUCAUCCUUAGAUUUAGACAUUCAAACACAACUGGAAAAAUGGGAUGAUGUUAAGUUUCAUGGAGAUCGAAAUAGCAAGGGGCAUCCAAUGGCAGAAAGAAAAUCAUGCUCUUCUAGAACUGGAUCAAAGGAACUCUUAUGGUCCUCAGAACACAGAUCUCAACCAGAACUAAGUGGUGGGAAAAGCGCCCUGAACUCUGAGUCGGCUUCAGAAUUGGAAUUAGUGCCUCCAACACAGGCUCGAUUGACCAAAGAACAGCGCUGGGGAAGUGCAUUACUUUCCAGAAACCACUCCUUGGAAGAAGAAUUUGAAAGGGCAAAAGCAGCAGUGGAGUCAGAUACAGAGUUUUGGGAUAAGAUGCAAGCAGAAUGGGAAGAAAUGGCCCGGAGGAACUGGAUAUCCGAGAACCAAGAAGCCCAGAACCAAGUUACAAUCUCAGCUAGUGAGAAGGGAUAUUACUUUCACACCGAAAAUCCCUUCAAGGACUGGCCGGGAGCAUUUGAAGAGGGCUUAAAAAGACUGAAGGAGGGGGACCUGCCCGUCACCAUCCUGUUCAUGGAGGCGGCAAUUCUUCAGGACCCUGGAGAUGCAGAGGCAUGGCAGUUCCUCGGGAUAACCCAGGCAGAGAAUGAAAAUGAACAAGCAGCUAUUGUCGCCCUCCAGAGGUGCUUAGAAUUACAGCCCAACAACUUGAAAGCUUUGAUGGCUCUGGCUGUCAGUUACACUAACACUGGCCAUCAGCAGGAUGCCUGCGAAGCUCUAAAGAACUGGAUUAAGCAAAAUCCAAAGUACAAAUACCUUGUGAAGAGCAAGAAAGGAUCUCCAGGCCUUACCCGGAGGAUGUCCAAGUCUCCAGUUGAUAGCUCUGUUUUGGAGGGAGUUAAGGAAUUAUAUCUGGAAGCUGCCCACCAAAAUGGAGAUAUGAUUGACCCAGACCUACAGACAGGUCUGGGAGUACUGUUCCACCUGAGCGGAGAAUUUAACAGAGCAAUAGAUGCAUUUAACGCUGCCUUAACUGUUCGGCCAGAGGACUAUUCAUUAUGGAACCGUCUCGGGGCAACCUUGGCGAACGGAGACCGCAGUGAGGAAGCUGUGGAGGCCUACACACGAGCACUGGAGAUUCAGCCAGGCUUCAUCCGAUCCAGAUACAAUCUGGGAAUAAGCUGCAUCAAUCUGGGCGCCUACAGAGAAGCGGUCAGCAAUUUUCUCACUGCCCUCAGUUUGCAAAGAAAAAGCAGGAAUCAACAGCAAGUUCCUCAUCCUGCAAUCUCUGGGAAUAUCUGGGCUGCCCUCAGAAUCGCACUUUCUCUGAUGGACCAACCAGAACUCUUCCAGGCGGCUAAUCUCGGUGACCUGGAUGUCCUCCUAAGAGCUUUCAACUUGGAUCCUUGAAGGAAAAGAAAAAAAAAAUUAAAAAUGAUAAAUCCUUAUCUGUGUAAUUGUACUAAGAAAUGCAAAACUAUUUUAUUAUGAAUUCCAAAAAGGAUAAAACCAGAUGUCCAAAAGGCCAUGGUGAUAUGACACAAGGGAACUCCUACAGACGAUGCCCAGUCUCUGUUCAGAUUCAAAAGCACAAAAUGUUGUAGAGUCAAGGUUGGGCUCAGAAGAAGAACUGAGAGACACAAAGACAAACCAAGAUAAAGUAACCGUGUGUGAAUACUCUUCACAAGCUGCAAGCAUAUUCAAAACAUGUCCUUUGGGGUUUUUGUCCUCACUUUUGCAGCUGAUGACACACCUAAGGAACUUGCUCAUAGGACACCUGGAGAAAGCACUGCCUCUGAUCAGGGAAUUCUGACUGUUUCUGAACUAUCCCCUGCAAUUCCCCCUUUUACAACGUAGUUUGGGCCAAGGUGCAUGCACAUAUAUUAACCCUUGACUAAAGAGAGGCAUUGCUUAGACCUGUUCCGAUUUUAACUUUUACUGUAGCCCUUCGACUCCAGAGAGGGAGCUUUGCUGGCAAAAGCAGUUUUUGCACUAGAAAUUUUUGCUGUUCCCAAUCAAAACUUUUCUGGGACUGUAUAUACGCACUUUAAUAUCUUAUUUAUGCCUUGCUGGAGUUUUGUUCCGUUGCUCCAAUUUUUAACUUAGGGGUGAAAGAUUCAAGAACUCGGCCUUGUUAGAUCAAUGGACCAAAUAAAAAUUCCUGAAAAUAGUUUUUCAUAGUGUAGAGUUUUGAAGGAGUUUUUCUCAAAGCAGAUAGGACACAGGGUGUAAAUAUGUCAAACACAGAUCUUAUUCACAUGUUUUCUGGGACCAUAUGAACUUAAGCAAGAGACAUUGUACUGUCCCUUCAUGCAUUCUCUGCAGGGAGGAAUUUGGAUGAUAACGGGAUUUCUAUAGAGCUAACAUUAACUUGCUUAAAUGUCAUACUUUACUUGCUUUCUGACUGCCCUGCACACCAAUAUUCCUUUUAAACUUUUAAUAUUUUAAAUAGUAUUUCGUAAGAGUGAUAAAUACAUUUUUUCCUAAAAAUUAAGUGUUUUCUUAGUUCCAUAAUAAUCUGCAUUGCUCUCCCUUCUGCAUUCUAAGUGAUAGAAGAUCAAUAUUUUCUAGCUGAAUCUCACUGAAUGUCAGUGGUUUAAUAUGAAAGAUGCAUGCUCCUUUGGCUCUCAUUUGGAACAUUUAUCAAGUGUCAGGAACCUUCUGUCGGUAGUGGUGUUUUAUUUCAUUGAUUACAUUCUACUCACUUCUGCAGGGUGUGUUGUGCCCUGUUGGGGCUUGAUGAUUAUUUGGAUUGACAUCAUUUUUUAAAGAGUUAGAAAAAUUGUUUGCAAAAUGCUAACCAAAACAUAAGAUCGCCAGUGUCCAAUUCUAGCAAGUUGUUCUAAUAAGUGGUCCCAUUCUUCUUUAUUGUUUCUCCUUCCUUUCUUCCUUCCUUCCUUCCUCCAGAAUCUUCCCCAAAGCAAUCUGAUCCCAACUUUUUCUUCGUGUUCUUUGGUUAAUAGUAGCUGGUUACUCUCAUGAUUAUAGUUACCAAGCAAACAGCAUUUGAGUCAAGACAGUUUAAUUGACUGGAGAGUUAGCUUCUCCUGGUGAGGGCGGUGGAGGAGGGGAGAGGGGUGUGCAGGUAGAAAUCCUCUCCUCUAUUACCUUGGAAGUUCCUCAGGUAGGAAGGGGCCUCAAGGAAACAGGAAACCACAAAUCCUUGAAGUUCAUGUGUGUUAUAAUGACAGAGUUUAUAAAGAUGAAGAGUUUGUAAGGUUUAUAAGGACAAAGAGCCCUGUGGUGUGCCAGGCUUUCAUCUUCACUGUCGAAGCUCACUUGGGCAAAGGUGAUGCCCCCAGCUGGACAGCAGAAGGCAGAGGCAUUAAGGCAUUCACCAUUGGGCAGUCAUGACAACCCAGUCUUUGCCUACUUCCUUCCAGUCUCAGCAGCAAAUAAAGCUCAAGAAUAUUUUCAAGAAUAUUCUUUAUAAUUUUAGAAUCCUAGAAUUCAGUCUAGGAAGGACUCUCGGGGCCAGAGUCCAAGUUCAUGGCAGCUGCCUGCUUGAAUAUCCCUGAGAGAAGAACAUCCAUUCCCUGCAUGUCCCUCCUGCCAAUUCCCGUGCGUUCACUGGCUGACUAGCUGAUUUGCGUCCAUUGUAGUCCAUUAGGAGCCUCUGAAUGCAGGAUUCAAAGCCAGCUUUGCAGGUUUCUGUUUAUGAUGCCACUCUAUACUUUCAACAGUAACUGAAUUUGCAGUAAUAACAAUAGGCUGUUUUCUUAGAUUUGUUGGCCCUACAUGCAUGACAUCAGUUAAUAGUUUAAAGCCUGACAGUAGGGUAAAUGCAGGAUACUUUGAUUUAAUUUGAUUGUUGCUAAGUGGUGACAAAUUUUGCAGCCCAAGUUUGAUUUUGCUGUCAGAAUACCAAGUGAAUUCAGAGGAGAGUAGACAAUUUCCCAUUCCCAUCAUACUUGGAUCAUUUCAGUAGCACUUUCUUCAAUAUAUCUAGUGUCCAUCAGAACCAAGAUUUUCAUAGUCUGUUGCCUAUCAGGAAGUGCAGAAUUAUUGCCCAAGAUAUUUUUCAAUAGUAUUUUUAAACAAAAUUAAGUAAAAACAGUUACUAAAAAAUAAGUGAAAGUUUAUAGAAAUCAGAGCACCACCAAAAAUUAGUAAGAUUUUAGAAUGAUCUUUAUUGUAUGCAUUUUUCAAGUAUAUACACAUUUUUUAAGACAGAACUGGUUUUGGUAUCUUACCCUGGUGGUAUGAAAUUGUCAUUUAUUCUUUCCAUUUCAAAAGGCAGGUGUCCUUGGUUCCUGUCUAAGGCACCCUGAGAAGGCUUUGAGUUCCUUUUUUCUGAGAGUCUUACUAAGUAACCCUAAGAUCUCUUAGAGGAUGGUACUGGUUUUCUAGAAUGGCCCUUCAGUUGCACGGAUGCAACUUUUAAGAACUUAUUUUCACUGGCAGAUUGGAUGAGAAUGCAGAGAAAUCCAGUGAUCACUGCUGAAUUUCAAGAUAUGUUACACCUAUGUCUAGUGGGCUAUUUCUAUGUGCUAUUGUACCUUGACAGUGGGGAUGAGGCUUCCUCUUAAGGUCAUUCCCCAUGACACCUAAAGAAAGGCAGAUAUUGUCCAUCAGGAAGCUUUCAGCAGACGCUAUGAGCUGUGCUUUCUCAGCCAAUCUGUAUUUGAGCUAGAAUGGCAAAUUAGAGACACUUCACUGGGCUAGAAUGUGCAGGACAUACUCACCUUCAGAGUUGGAUGCCACUCUUCUCCUUUUCUUUAAAGAGAACUAUUAUGUUGUAUCUUGGGUCCAUGUCUAGAUACUCAUACUAGGUAAGUCUUUCUAGUAUAUUCCUGCCAUACAAGCAAGACUUGAACACAAGUAUAGCUAGUCUCACAUACAACAGGAGUUCCCAAAAUCUCUUCCGUACACUUUAUCCAUGAGCUCUUUGGGAAUAUAGAGAAAGCAAGAUGGUCAUUUUGUGUCCCUUCCUCAUUUGCCCCUGAAUCAGUUCCACAAGACUAGACUGCACUUUAAGUUAGUGGUUGCUAUUGUUUUAUACCUUGAAAUGAUUCUGAAAGGAUUCUAGAAACAGGGUAUUCUGAAGGUUUCAUUUGUGUACCAAUUUUUUUGAGUCCUCAUAUUUUAGAAAUUAUUAAACAUGCACACACAUGAUUUCAACUUUGUAAAAUGAUUUCAAAUUCAUUCCAUCUCCAGAUUUUACUGCACAGUUUCCCUGUCAUCUCAGUAUUUAUAGAACUGGUUGAAAUUAAACUGUUUUGAACUAAGAAGUAGAUAGAUAGAUAUAUAUUUUUUUAAAGAGUGUUCAUAGAUGAACUCUGGCAUAAGGUUUGUAAAAAGGCAAUUUUUAAAAAAUAAAACGUAUAACCUCAGGUAAAAAAUAACGCAUGCAUUAGUACUUGCAAAUCUGCCUACUCAAAUAUUAACCAAAGCAUGCAAGAUAACUGUACUGAAUGUAAAUUUACCCAGUGCAUGGUUAAAUCUCAUAGGGUAGCCUAUUUUUCCUUGCUUCUGAGCAAGGAAACAUUUUCAUGAACUUUGCGUUAUAGUUUUACUAUUUGCUUUUAAUAUCUUCUUGUCAAGACUGUUUUCCUGCUAUCACACUACACUGAACUUUACAGAUAUUCACACAUCUGGCUUAUGCAGUGUUGCAGCCAGUGCCAAACGAAUCUACUGAGGAAUCCAGGUACUUAGACAUCUAAACAAGUUUUAAACCAGUUGAGGCACAACAGAUCCAAAACUCAAACAAAAUUCGUGUGUCUGAACACUACUAAAUGCAAUUGUGUUGAUUGCCUCCACAGAGUUUUGGGUUCAAAAUUCUGAAUCGUGCAUUUCAAAUAUUUUCUAAAAUUUAGGAGUAAAUUAGAAAUACUGACCUUCUAAAUAAGGUGGGAAGGUUGGGGUAAUGUCAGGCACAUGAAAACCACCAUAAGGCAAAGUGGACGUGACGGCUUAAUUUCCACAAAUGUCACAUAGUGACUGUGUGGGUGCCACACCAUUGGCCUCAACAUGGCCCUAUUUAUAUGAUGAGUGAGUGAGCUAUGUGGGCCCCAUCCCUUAAGAAACUGGACUUGGUCUGUAUGUCUAAAAACACUGAAAGUCAGAGAUAAUGAGGUGAUUUCAUGGUCACUCAGAAUGAACUUGGAAGUCCUCUCACUGCCUUUUUCUGUAACCCCUGCUUCAUGAAAAAAUAAGGGCAAGGAGACCAGAAAUGGAGGGAGCAAAGCUCACUAAGACAAAGCUGGGGGUGAGUCUUAUGUUGCUAACAGCUUUGUCACCAUCUCACACACCGCCAAACGCACACAUAUAAGCUCAAAGACGGAAAUCCUCAAACUCCUAGCAAAGACUCGUGUGGAGGCAUUAAACAGUUAAAGAGGAGAAAAACCAGAAAAUCAAAAGUGUGAAGUUUAACAACCUCUCACGUGGUAUUUUGCCUUGAAUAAACUUUCCGCUCCCUGUGACCUCUGCAGACUUACCAAAAUAACACACUCUAGAAACCAGUGCCCCAAUCUCAGAACUGUUGUCUCAGGACCUUCUCUACAAGAGAAAACUAACUUGCAGUGUUGCAGGGUGUGCGUGCAAAACCCUGACAGGCUCUUCAGGACGCUUUUAGAAACCCGCAUUCGAAACAAUAUGAAGAUGAAAAAACAGCAGGCAGUUCUUUGCUCAACAAUAAAAUGUGUGACUUUUUUUUUUUUUCUUUGAAUUUCUUGGAGAGGGGAAAUGGACUGACAAAACAAUAGUAAGGGAUAUACAUACACAGCUAGGUAGUUUGGCAUUUUCACUGAGAUAUGUAAAAAAUUAGCUUAGAUACCAUAAAGAAUUGUACAAUGCGAGAAAUGGUUCAUGAUUGAAUAUGUUGCCAGUAGUUAAAGGAAAUAAAGCAAACCUAAAUUUUUACCAAUGUCCCCCCAUAUCACCUGACUCAAACCCUCUUCAACUUUCAUUGCCCAAAUUUGUUUACAUUGGUUGAAAAAAAAAACCUGAUUAAUUUAAUAAACUUUUUACAAACUAUAACAGGCAUUUAUUAACUAUUUAGAAAAGACAUUUCUAUAUAUUUUGUAUAUCUACGAAUAUUGCAUAUCUAGUCUAAUCUAAAAAUAUUAAGACAAAUGGCAAAUUCUUCUGUGAUGCUUCUCUAUGCUCAAUAAUGUUUAAAAUCUUGGGAUUUCAUUUUUAAGCUGAAAUAGAUAACAAAAAAUUUAACUUUAAAUGUUUACAUUGAGUUUUUAAGUUAAAACCAACCCAAAUUAAGUGACCUAUAGUAAAUUAAUGGCAAUGGGGUGAGGGUGUAAAAGUUACGGGCAUACUAUGUGAUAAUGUAUCUGUGUAUUUAGUGAAAUAUUAUGUAUCAUAGCACAACUCUGUUGGAUAAUAAGGCUUCAUCUUAGUAUUUCCCUGCAUUGCUCUUUGAAAUAAAACUACUACCAUAAAAAUAACCUAUCAUAUUGAUGUGUUUAAUUUACUCCUUUGGCUUAUAAUUUGCAAAGUACCAAGAUUAAGGUAGUAUUUUUGUACUAUUAUUGGAAGCAUGCCUUCCCUUUUUCACAUUACUAAAUUGUAUUUAUAUUUGUGCAAUUUUAAACUAUGUUUUCAAAUAAACUUUGUCUGUGGCUUCAA